AUGGCAUUCAGGAUCAUUCCGAUCAACCGGAUCACCCGCGAAAUGACCCAAAACAGCACUGUCAUCCCCACCCGUCCCAAGAUCGCACUCAGGGCUCGCCAGGUUAUCCAGAAAGCCUUGAUGAAUGGAACUCACGAUGAGACAAUCGAGAUGGCUCUCACCAAGCUGCUUUCAAACUUCAAUUACCUCUGGGGAUGGGGUGGCUACAAGGACAAGACGGUGGGGGUCACUGUUGGGUUACUCAAUGAGAUGCUGGCUGUCUUGAAGGGUAUGCGACUUGCUUGGCCCCUGCUGCUCGCUCGUGUUGAUCGUACGUACUUUUAA